AUGGCUACUGUUGCUGCCUGCAUUGAUAAACCCUGGUAGCAGCAGAGAGACAGAGAAAGAGAGAAAAAGAAAAAAAGGCGAUGACAACAUAAAAAACGAGUCGACCGGAGCGGAGAUGGAUUCCUGGCGUCCGAAUCCGCGAGCACCUCCUUUCAUCCCCAGGCGGUUCUCUGCCCGCCUCGAGGCGGAUGGCUCCGGAGCCUCGCCUCAUAGGCACCGCUACCUGGCCAUGAUUCCGCGAGGUCGCCGGCUGGCUAAAUUUCUACAGUGUGCGCUAAUGCUUGUGCUCGUGGCUACCAUCAUCAUUAAUGUUUCCUUCAUCGUGGAUAAAACACGGCAACUUCGAGCACCGAUGAUCAACACAGAGAGUGACGGGGACGGCGGAGGCGCAGGCGUAGGGCGGAGGAACAACCUUCGCCUUCAGGAAUCGCCUCCGAAGACUCUGACCGUCGACGUCAUCUCGAGUCAGAAUCGUGUUGCCGUCACUGUCGAUGGCGCCACGAUCGUGGAGGAGAGUGACAGCAUUAAAAAG